UUCACGCUCCUUGUUUCCUGUCCGCGUGGUUUGUGUUGGCUGCCUGUUUCCGUGGCAGCGACAAAGUAGUUCGUGUUGCAUAGAGUGAGAAACGACAGUCAAAGGAAGAGCCCGUAGCGUUUGCUUACAUUUUUUCACAUCCUAAUAGAGGACACCGCAACAUAAAGCUAAGCCUUAUUAAAGGAGACUGGUAUGUGUAGGAACACAGAAGCGUGAGGAACAGCACAUAUUCGCCUAGCAGCCUAUGCAAGGACCGACUUGACCCUCGCUUUUUUGUUGUUGUUGAUAAACCUCGUUUUUUUUGUUUUUUUUGGUUUGAGAAAGCUGCAGUCUAAGUAAUUUCACCGUUUUGUUAUACCGCCCACUUCUGAAAGCAACAUCUGCUUGGCAGAUUUUCAAUCGAAUCUCAUGUAUUUCGGUGAGGCCAUAUCCUAGUUACGUCCUGUUUUAUGCUUUUCAUUACCCACGUCCUGUCCCAAAUAAAAAAGGAGAGGCUCGUUUUUGAACGCUGCUCGUGAGAAAUUCCUAGUUAAGAUUCCAUUCGUUCCGAUGUGACAAGACAACUCACAGUGGUCAUCUGUUUUCAAGGCAAUCCACAUGCAUUUCCAAAUUCUGCGUUUUUAUUAGCUAAAGCUUUGGCGGUCAUAACUUGUUAGACAGGCUACAUUGUAAAGAAAAAAAGACGAGACUUAUCAAAGAUGUUGCUUAAGGAGUACAGGAUAUGCAUGCCGCUGACUGUUGAGGAGUACAGGAUUGGCCAGCUAUAUAUGAUCAGCAAGCACAGCCAUGAGCAGAGUGACCGCGGUGAGGGGGUGGAGGUGGUCCAGAAUGAACCGUUUGAGGACCCCGCCCACGGUCAGGGCCAGUUCACCGAGAAACGUGUCUACCUCAACAGUAAAUUGCCCAGCUGGGCUCGAGCAGUGGUGCCCAACAUCUUCUACGUAACAGAGAAGGCCUGGAACUACUACCCCUAUACCAUAACAGAGUACACCUGUUCUUUCUUGCCCAAGUUCUCCAUUCACAUAGAGACGAAAUACGAGGACAACAAAGGCAGCAAUGACAACAUCUUCUCAGAAAGUGAAAAUAAAGACCAGGAAAGGGAAGUGUGUUUUGUGGAUAUCGCCUACGACGAGAUCCCUGAGAGAUACUAUAAAGAGUCAGAGGACCUGCGGUACUUCAAGUCAGAGAAGACGUCGAGGGGCAUGCUGCAGGAGGGCUGGAGGGACACCCAGGAGCCCAUCAUGUGCUCCUACAAGCUGGUCACCGUCAAGUUUGAGGUGUGGGGCCUGCAGACGCGCGUAGAGCAGUUUGUACACAAGGUGGUGCGUGACGUGCUGCUCCUGGGCCACAGGCAGGCUUUUGCCUGGGUGGAUGAGUGGAUCGACAUGACGAUGGAUGAGGUGAGAGAGUAUGAGCGCACCAUCCAGGAAGCCACCAACGAGAAGAUCGGAAUUUUCCCCCCGUCGAUCUCCAUCAGCGAGAUGCCCCUGUCCUCCUGCACCCUCUCUGGACCCGCCAGUGCCCCCACCACCCCCCUCUGCACUGAUGCGCCCGAGUUCCUCUCCGUCCCCAAGGACCGAGCCCGCAAGAAGUCCGCCCCUGAGACCCUCACCCUGCCCGACGCCGCUACCCAGAACCAGAGUGGAGUCCCCCAGGGCUCUAUGCUGGUGCCAGUUCCAAAUCAAAAUCACUCCCCCUGGCCCUCCUCUGACUCUGACCAGGCUGAGUUAGGGGGGGAAUAGGAAGGACGGGAUGUUCUUUUCCCCCAUAUGCCCCGCCACCUCACUGUCUUAGUAGCCCAGCAAGACUAGCCUCUACGCCCCAGUGCCCAGUCCUACAGGCCCAACUAACCAUAUCCCAGAGUUCAGUUCUUCUUACACAUAUCACCAGAGGUGAAAGGUCUAACCACCAGUUUCCAAUCUCCUACAUCCUCAACAUAAGUCGGUUUUGUCAGCCUUCAAUGGAUGGCUUCCUCUUCCUGAGAUCUAGCCAAUCAGAUGUCUGACCAACUGUGACAACCACCUAAGCUGUCCAUCAAGAGAACAUAUCCACAAGGGGUUUUGUGUCCUGUCCUCAAUUAGCGAUCCCUGUGUUUGUCUUAAAAUACGUUAUUGACAAAAUGCCAGAUGAUAGAUACUCUUCUUUUUUUUUUAUAUUUCAGGUCAGCUGAUGAUCCUUAUGAAAUGUAAAUGUAGUUGCCAUAACACCAUGAAAUUAGAGAUACAAUGAUAUUAAUAUUGUUUUGUAAACCUCUUUCCAUGGAAUUCUCAGCCUACAAAUAUAUCGAAAUAUCAUUUUGACCUUGAAAUAAAUACACUUUUUAACAAACUGGAAGUAGAAGUACUGUAGUAUAGUUAGAUUUUAUAACCACAUUGACUCACUAAAAAGACACCACCUUUCACCUGGACAGAGGACAGACCAUUCAAAACUGAACCCAGAUCUGUGUGUGUUCACGUCUCCACUCCACACUCCUCCUGAAACAGAUGCAAGAUCAGUACAAUCACAGAAAGAGAUCCCUUCUCAGGUCUCCAGAGCUCUGCCUCAGCCCUCUUUAGGAAGGGCAGGGAACGUAACCAUUCUCUCCUUGCUUUAAAACACCAUUUUUAUACCUGCACAGAUAUAUCUAUAUACUAUAUCUAUACUCACCUGUCUACUUAACUAACCUUUGGAACGUUUACACAACAUUAGAUAAGCCAUGAUAAAAUACAUAUUGGGCAUCAAGUUUGACAUUGAGGAGUGAUGCAGUCAGUUUAAUCAAAUUGGUAUAGCAACAGAACAGAUAUGACUAGGAAAAAUGCCAUUUGGGGGAUAUGCUGUAAAUGUAAGUGAACAUUGAGCACAGUGGAGUUGAUAAGAAAUUCCAUGCUUUCGCAGGGCACUCGCUUCAACCUGGCCUUAUUCUAUGUACUCGGUUACCUUUGCAUUGUGCGCAUUGUGUUUUUAGGAAUACCGAUAAUGUUGCUUGCCAAUGUUGGUAUUGUACCUGUUUUGGUGGGAUCAGAAAGUUAUUUUGACGCAACAACGUUAGCGGCGGCCAUCUUUUUCCCCCCCUGCGCUAGCCUCACCACAGUGUGUCAUCAGAAACUUUUGGGGGGGAGAAACAUUGAGGACUGACGGUUUCUCUUUGUGUAAUGCUCUAGCUACUGUUUUAUACAAUCACAUAAAUGCAUCAAGGGGUCUCAUAUGCCGCAUGAAAUGUUCACAAACAUGUAUACAUAUGUGUAUAUAAAUGGCAGGAUAUACUGUUGAUGCGAAAUUGUGGAGAAAGCGAAUGUGAUGUUGUCCUAGGCUCUGUAGUGUAACCAUUGUAUAGUAAAGCGGAGUUUUAGCAGAGACUGAAACUGAGCAUGUUCUGAGAAGACAACUCUCUACUCAGUGCCUCUGCAUGCAAAAGUCUAUAUUGUCUCGUCUGUAUACAAAUCCAAAACAUUUCAAUAAAGAAAAACAUCCCAUUUUGUUGUAACGUUAAAGGGCAAUUGCACCACUUUUCAACCUCAUUUUCAUGAUCUCCAGCACAAUGCCAGUGUCUGCAUAUGUGAAAAUGGCACAGUUCUACAUUUCGUAGAAAGAAAUAUAAAGUUACAAAGUUCUACCCGAUGACAUCAUCAACUAUUUAAAAAAACUGAUUUUCAGACACUGAGAUUCACGGUGACGUGGAGCAAUAUAAAUACCCUCCCUCUGGCUUGAAACUCGUUUCAGGUUUUGAAAAUCCCAGUUUUUCUUACUUUUAAUCCUACCUUGUGAUGUCACAGAGAAGCAUUUAGGACCUUCUUAUCUUUGCAACCACAGAUCAUAGAAACACAGCCUUUUCACAUAUCUAGACACCCAUAUGGUGCUGGAGAUAAUGAAUAUGAGUUUGUAAAGUGGCUGAAUGGCCCUUUUAAGCCUACUAUUCAAUUUAUUGCAAUUUAAAAACAAUGAUUUGAAAUACAGCUUCGUGUUAGUUACUUUCAUCAUCGAAAUGUAUAAGAUUUUGAGAGAAAUAGCUGAAGUUUGUAGUACCUGGUGACCAUUGUUUUGUCCUGAAGACGUCACAUUACAUUACAUAUGUGGGCAUUUGCACUUUGUGAUGAGAAACCGUUAACAAACGUGUACUGACUGUUAUAUCUCUGUUAGGGUUUUGUUGGACCGAAGUUAUACAAGCCUACUUGUUGGUCAGAUAUAGACCACUCUACACUAUAGACCACUAUAGACCACUCUACAGUGUCUAACCCCAAAAUGUCUCAUCUUUACACAAGAUGCUCACUAUCAUUCUAAACUGUACUUGUCUUUGCUGUUAAAUUUCCUGUGGGACACGUGUUAAAUGAUAUUGACUAUCAGGAAUUAAAAAGAUCCAGGGACAUGUUUGAGUGCCAGUAAGCUAAUGGCUAUAUCAAAACGAAGGCAAAAUGACAAGCAUAACAUCCAGGGUCAGUUACUUUUCAGAGAGAAGGUCUAGGUUUUCUAAAUAGUCAACUCUUUCAUGGUCGGUUGCAUGCUCCUCGUAAGUUCAUGAAGACUUUUUGAGUGAGCUUAUGUGGAGCAUGGAACAGAAAGUGAAUGAGUUUACUAGUUACGAAACCUAGUCCUUCACUCUGAAAAAUAACCGACCCUUGAGAUUAUACUUGUCAUUUUGCGUUCGUUUUGAGAGUGCAACUGUUUGGUUUGAAUCUAUAACAUUUAAGGUGCAAUGUCCCAUUUGUUAGAUCUCUUUAUCGAGCUGUUGAAAAAUCCACAGUAGAAAAGACCAUUGUAACUACAUACUGUACGUUACAACCCUAUGUGCAAAAUACAUUUAAAAAAUGUAUUUUUGGUUGAAAGGACAUUGAAAAUAGGAAUUUUUCAACAUAUUGUGCUCACUGUGAAAAUAUUUACUUUGAAUUUGCAACCUCCCCAUUGUAGUGUGCAUCAUCGACGUUCCAGUUGCUUUUGGUGAUCCUAUAGCUCUUUGACCUAAUGACACAUUAUCUAUAAAAACAAUCUUUGAAUCAAUCUUUUUUUUUUUUAUUAUUGGGGGGACUGUGUUUACUUUUGAAUUUUUACAAUAUACCUUGACUCGGAGGUUGGUUUUCUGUUAUAAUUUUCACAAGUGCUGUAGUUUGAUUUUGUGGUUUGCUGUAUUUCAAAUGGCAUCUGUUCGUUCUAAGAAAAGGACCAAGCUUUUGUUGUGUCCCUCCUGGUGCGGCUUGCCAGGCUGUCGUGCUGUCUCCCUAGCUCUGGUCCAGGUUGUCACUGCUGCUUCCUGACACUGAGCCUUUUAAGCAGGACGAGCGUUAGCAAUCCACACUAACACCCUGGACCAGAGCUACUGUCUCCCUAUCUGAAGUGCCAUCCUUGUUCGGCUACUGGAAGUCGCUCUGGGUUCUUCCACUGAUUAUAUUUGUUAUAUUUUUACUGCCCUCCUUGAGGUACAUUUGGUUCUCUGUUGUAAUUAUUGUUUCACUUUUUUCUUAAUUCUUGUAGUAAAUAAAGUUUACUUGCUACUACA